UCAGACCUAGAUCUUUCCAGUUAAUCACACAACAAAUUUAGCGCAUUGCAAUAAAAAGCCGCUCAGAGCCGACUGGCUCUUUCAGGCACUGAGUCCGAACAGGAUCCUUCCACCCAGGCAUCUCCUCCACUGGGACCCGCCAGCGCCCAGCACCAUGUGGGUGACCAAACUCCUGCCAGCCCUGCUGCUGCAGCAUGUCCUCCUCCACCUCCUGCUGCUUCCCAUCGCCAUCCCCUAUGCAGAAGGACAGAAGAAAAGAAGAAACACACUUCAUGAAUUCAAAAAGUCAGCAAAGACUACUCUAUUUAAAGAAGACCCAUUACUGAAGAUAAAAACAAAAAAAAUGAAUGCUGCAGACCAAUGUGCUAAUAGAUGUAUUAGGAAUAAAGGACUUCCAUUUACUUGCAAGGCCUUUGUUUUUGAUAAAGCAAGAAAACGAUGCCUCUGGUUCCCUUUCAAUAGCAUGUCAACUGGAGUGAAAAAACAGUUUGGCCAUGAAUUCGACCUCUACGAAAACAAAGACUAUAUUAGAAACUGCAUUAUUGGUAAAGGAGGUAGCUACAAAGGAACAGUAUCUAUCACUAAGAGUGGCAUCAAAUGCCAGCCCUGGAAUUCCAUGAUACCCCACGAGCACAGCUUUUUGCCUUCGAGCUAUCGGGGUAAAGACCUACAGGAAAACUACUGUCGAAAUCCUCGAGGGGAAGAAGGGGGACCGUGGUGUUUCACAAGCAAUCCAGAGGUACGCUACGAAGUCUGUGACAUUCCUCAGUGUUCAGAAGUAGAAUGCAUGACCUGCAAUGGGGAAAGUUAUCGAGGCCCCAUGGAUCAUACAGAAUCAGGCAAGACUUGUCAGCGCUGGGAUCAUCAGACGCCACAUCGGCACAAAUUCGUGCCAGAAAGAUAUCCCGACAAGGGCUUUGAUGAUAAUUAUUGCCGCAAUCCUGAUGGCAAGCCGAGGCCAUGGUGCUAUACUCUUGACCCUGACACCCCUUGGGAGUACUGUGCAAUUAAAAUGUGUGCUCACAGUACUAUGAAUGACACCAAUGUCCCUAUGGAAACAACUGAAUGCAUUCAAGGUCAAGGAGAAGGUUAUCGGGGAACCGUCAAUACCAUUUGGAAUGGAAUUCCAUGUCAGCGAUGGGAUUCCCAGUAUCCUCACCAGCAUGACAUAACUCCUGAAAAUUUCAAGUGCAAGGACCUAAGAGAAAAUUAUUGCCGAAAUCCAGAUGGGGCUGAGUCACCCUGGUGUUUUACCACUGAUCCAAACAUCCGAGUUGGCUACUGCUCCCAAAUUCCAAAAUGUGACGUGUCGAGAGGACAAGAUUGUUAUCGUGGAAAUGGCAAAAAUUAUAUGGGCAAUUUAUCCAAAACACGAUCUGGACUAACAUGCUCAAUGUGGGACAAGAACAUGGAAGAUUUACACCGGCAUAUCUUCUGGGAACCAGAUGCUAGCAAGCUGAAUAAGAAUUACUGUCGGAAUCCUGAUGAUGAUGCCCAUGGUCCCUGGUGUUACACGGGAAAUCCUCUCAUUCCUUGGGAUUACUGCCCUAUUUCUCGUUGUGAAGGUGAUACCACACCUACAAUAGUCAACUUAGACCAUCCUGUAAUAUCUUGCGCCAAAACAAAACAAUUACGAGUUGUAAAUGGAAUUCCAACACGAACAAAUGUAGGAUGGAUGGUUAGUUUGAAAUACAGAAAUAAACAUAUCUGCGGAGGAUCAUUGAUAAAGGAAAGUUGGAUUCUUACCGCAAGGCAGUGUUUCCCUUCUCGAAACAAAGACUUGAAAGACUAUGAAGUUUGGCUUGGGAUUCAUGAUGUCCAUGGAAGAGGAGAUGAGAAACGCAAACAGGUUCUCAAUGUUUCCCAGGUGGUAUACGGGCCUGAAGGAUCAGAUCUGGUAUUACUGAAGCUUGCUAGACCUGCUGUGUUGGAUAAUUUUGUUAGUACAAUCGAUUUACCCAAUUAUGGAUGCAUGAUUCCUGAAAAAACCACUUGCAGUGUUUACGGCUGGGGCUACACUGGAUUGAUCAACUCUGAUGGUCUAUUACGAGUAGCACAUCUCUUUAUUAUGGGGAAUGAGAAAUGCAGCCAAUAUCAUCAAGGGAAGGUGACUCUGAAUGAAUCUGAAAUAUGUGCUGGAGCUGAAAAUAUUGCAGCGGGACCAUGCGAGGGGGAUUAUGGUGGCCCGCUUGUUUGUGAACAACAUAAAAUGAGAAUGGUUCUUGGAGUCAUUGUUCCUGGUCGUGGAUGUGCCAUUGCAAAUCGUCCUGGCAUUUUUGUCCGAGUAGCAUAUUAUGCAAAAUGGAUACAUAAAGUUAUAUUAACGUAUAAGGUACCGCAGUCAUAGCUGAUGUAACUGUGCCUGAAAUUUCCAUCAAUACAACUCUCUUUUACAUGAGGAUUCAGAGAACAUGGAAUUAAAAUGUCACUUAAAACAAUCCUAAGACACUUGAGUGUCAUGUUUGUUAGAUACUCAUUAAUAUUUAUGGGUGUUUCCUGUUGUUUUAUUUGUGAAUGUUAUUUUGUAAAUGUUGAAGUGAAUUAAGGUACAUGCGAGUGCAGUAACAUAUCUCCUGAAGAUACUUGAAUGGAUUAAAAAAUGCAAAGGUAUAAUUGCUGGAUGAUAAAAGACUUAAUGGGAAAAUCAAUUAAUCUCUCUACACUGCUUUCCAAGGUUAGUUUCUUAAGAAUGAAUGCACCAUAAGUUAAACAUUAUUUUAA